CUGCGGCUCCCCUAGCGAAGAUGCCUCGCCCGGGCAGAAACACCUACAGUGACCAGAAGCCUCCCUACUCCUACAUCUCCCUGACCGCUAUGGCGAUCCAGAGCUCCCCGGAAAAGAUGCUGCCCCUGAGCGAGAUCUACAAGUUCAUCAUGGACCGCUUCCCCUACUACCGAGAGAACACACAGCGCUGGCAGAACUCCCUGCGCCACAACCUCUCCUUCAACGACUGCUUCAUCAAGAUACCGCGGCGCCCCGACCAGCCAGGCAAGGGCAGCUUCUGGGCGCUGCACCCCAGCUGCGGGGACAUGUUCGAGAACGGCAGCUUCCUGCGCCGCCGCAAGCGCUUCAAGGUGCUCAAGUCGGAGCACCUGGCGCCCAGCAAGCCGGCCGACGCGGCGCAGUACCUGCAGCAGCAGGCCAAGCUGCGCCUCAGCGCGCUGGCCGCCACCGGCACCCAUCUGCCCCAGAUGUCCACCUACAACCUCGGCGUGUCCCAGCCCUCCAGCUUUAAGCACCCCUUCGCCAUCGAGAACAUCAUCGCCAGAGAGUACAAGAUGCCCGGCGGACUCGCCUUUUCCACCAUGCAGCCCAUGCCGGCCGCCUACCCCCUCCCCAACCAGUUGACUACGGUGGGCAGCUCCAUUGGCACGGGCUGGCCGCACAUGUACAGCUCCGGCAUGAUCGACACCGCCACCCCCAUCUCCAUGGCCAGCAGCGAGUACAGCGCGUACGGCGUGCCCAUCAAGCCGCUCUGCCACGGGGGGCAGACUCUGCCGGCCAUUCCGGUGCCCAUCAAGCCAACCCCCGCGGCGGUGCCGGCGCUGCCCGCGCUGCCCGCGCCCAUCCCCACCAUCCUCUCGAACUCGCCGCCCUCCUUGAGCCCCACGUCCUCGCAGACCGCCACCAGCCAGAGCAGCCCGGCCACCCCCAGCGAGACUCUCACGAGCCCGGCGCCCGCCCUGCACUCGGUGGCGGUGCACUGA